GGCCGCAGCGCCUUUGUUCGUCCCCAUUGCGCAGUUGCGGCUCGGCGCGGGCGGAGGUCAUUUACAGCAUCAAAAUGGUUGAAGCAGAUCGUCCUGGGAAGCUGUUCAUUGGGGGCUUGAACACAGAGACUAAUGAGAAAGCUCUCGAGGCUGUAUUUGGCAAAUAUGGACGCAUUGUGGAAGUCCUUUUGAUGAAAGAUCGGGAAACCAACAAGUCCAGAGGAUUUGCCUUUGUCACAUUUGAGAGUCCAGCAGAUGCAAAAGAUGCUGCCAGAGAUAUGAAUGGAAAGUCAUUAGAUGGGAAAGCAAUUAAAGUGGAACAAGCAACCAAGCCAUCCUUUGAGAGUGGUGGUAGGCGUGGGCCGCCACCCCCUCCCCGAAGCAGAGGUCCUCCCAGGGGCCUUAGAGGCGGAAGAGGCGGAAGUGGCGCGAGAGGACCACCUUCAAGAGGGAGUCACUUGGGGUCUUCUCGAGGGCCACUUCCCAUGAAGAGAGGUCCACCUCCACGAAGUGGAGGCCCUCCACCUAAAAGAUCGGCACCUUCGGGACCAGUGCGUAGCAGUAGCAUGGGAGGAAGAGAUCUGGACUGCUUCUCUUCAGCUCCUGUGUCACGUGGAAGAGAUGGUUAUGGUGGUCCUCCACGCAGAGAACCAAUGCCAUCACGGAGAGAUGUCUACAUGUCUCCAAGAGAUGAUGGCUAUAGCACUAAAGAUGGUUAUUCAAGCAGAGAUUACCCCAGUUCUAGGGACACACGGGACUACGCACCACCUCCACGAGACUAUGCUUAUCGUGACUAUGGUCAUUCCAGUUCACGUGAUGAAUACCCCUCCAGGGGAUAUAGUCUUUCCUCCUAUAGCGAUCGUGAUGGAUACGGUGGUGGACGUGACAGAGACUACUCGGAUCAUCCAAGUGGAGGCUCCUACAGAGAUUCAUAUGAGAGUUAUGGUAACUCACGUAGUGCUCCACCUGCACGAGGGCCCCCGCCAUCAUAUGGUGGAAGCAGUCGGUAUGAUGAUUACGGCAGCACACGAGAUGGAUAUGGAAGCCGAGAAAGUUACUCAAGCAGCAGAAGUGAUGUCUACUCAAGUGGCCGUGAUCGUGUCGGAAGACAAGACAGGGGUCUCCCCCCCUCCAUGGAAAGGGGCUACCCACCUCCUCGAGAUUCUUACAGUAGUUCAAGCCGCGGAGCACCCAGAGGCGGUGGCCGUGGCGGAAGCAGAUCCGAUAGGGGUGGAGGCAGAAGCAGAUACUAAAAACACUCUUAAACUUUUGGACCAAGACAGAUUACUUCUCAAACGUGGAAGUUGUUCUAUCUUUACUACCAGAGGACUACUAAAACAAAAAGUUGUUUUUAACCUUUUUUUAUUGUUGCCUGUUAAGUUUUCCCCUCCAUGACUUUAUGCUUUUGUGAAGCAAAGUUCAAACAAUGUUUAAUUUCAUUUCAAAAUUGUUAACAUUUCUUUCAGAAAGCAGAUGUUAAAUGUAUAAACUUGAGCUGUGUACUAGUGUUGUAAUUUUCAAAGUAAAGUUUCCCUGAAAUGCCACACUUCCCAUCUGAUUUUCGUCAUGAAUGGAAAAAGCAGUUCUUAAGAUCUUCCACACAACAUCCAGCCAUCUGACAUGGAGAUGGAUUGUUCUACAUGUUCAGCAUCUCAUUCUGAAAGUAUUGCUUGUGAUUUGGAGGGUGGUGGGGAUGAUUCCACACAGUUGUGCCUAGAAUUUGAAGUCACAGUGUUCCCAGUACUAAAUGCCUUCAGAUCCUUGUGUAAAGGAAAAGAGGAUUUCAUUCAGUUAAUCUGAAAAAGCAAGUGGAUAAUACUAUUUUCUGCCUUCCUCCUGUUUCAUAGGGAGUUCAAAAAGAUCUCCCUUCCAAAUAAGUCAUGUACAUGUAAGUCAGCUACAGACUACUGUUUAAAAAACAAACAAACCCCACAAACCAUUGACCAGUUCCAUCAAAGAAGCUGCAAAACGAUGCUUACUCAUACUGUUUCAAAUUUUUGCAACUCUGUAGUGUUUCACUUUUAAAGGAACAUCUUUGAUUCCAAAGGAGAAAAUAAGAUAAGCAAAGAAGUCUUUCUCUCCAACUUCUCAAAGGCUUAUGGCUUCCUAAAAACAAGUGAAUCUUUCAGCAUUCCACAGCUGAUUUAAAGCAUCAAAUGCCUGUGAAACAGCAAAGAUGGUAAGCAAAGCAAACUAGUUUUUCAGUCUAAGUCAAAAUUAAACCAAUUUACCUUCCUCUAGUACAGUAAGACAAGCUGCAUGUCAUGGCAAUGGAAGUGCUGUCUAGAUUUAAAAAAAAAAUACUCCAGUGCGUUAGAAAUUCUCCAAAUUCAACAUUUCUUCUUGGAUAAAAGCAUUUAUGGCACCAAUUUUGAAACUAAAGGUGUAAUGCAGCUCGCUGUAGAAAGAAUAUUGCCACGUAGGGUUGGGAGGGGGUAUUUUGUGCCCAGUAUGUUUCAGUGAAGAUGCUUAAAGAGGCUGCAUAUACAGUAUUCUAGCAAAAUUAAAGCCUUGUGAAAUCAGAAAUGGGUUUAGAUUGACAACCAGCUUGACUAGUGGGAGUUUGAAUCAAGCCAUUGCAAACUUGACAUUUAGUUGGAUACCUGACUCUGUUUAGUUUGACACUGCGUGGCAGGGAUACCCGGUACAUGUGGCAGAACCUGUGGCAAGUUGUUAUGGCUCUGGUAAAGCCAUGAAGUUCAAAAGAUGCUCUUGACUAUAGUAAACAUGAAGACCUCCAACUAAAAAAAAAACAAACCACCAAACCACAAACCCAAAACCUUUGUACUACUGUUUAGUCCUCAGUAAAUUUUGUCAUUCAACUUAUGGAUUUAACAUGGCAGUGCACCACUGAAAAGGAGUGAGAAUCCAUAAGCCAUGCAACUUAUCUCUAAACCAUCCCAGUCCAUUCCAAGCCAGUGAACCUUCCACCACUUAAAGAAGUAGUAAAACUUGCAACAGACUAAUCUGCAAACCCAAGCUUUUGUCAUCUUUUGAAAUGGGGGGAAGCAUUAUAUGUUGACAUGUGCUGUAAAAUGUAUUUUUCUCAGUUUAUUAUAUCUUCUCUUAGUUGCAGGGUGAUAACUUCCAGAAGAUACCACUGGAAUAAUGCUGGUUCACUUGCGAUGAUGGCAGAGAUGAGUGAUGCCUGUGCCAGUGCAUAAGUUACGGUGACUAGAAGGUGGCAGUGCAGCAGUGGAUAUGCGUUGGAAAAUGGAAGGAUAGCAAAACACAACUGCUACAGCCUGGAUUUUGAGUGUGGUGUUGCCCACCAUUGGUUCUAGAGGGUUGUGUUAGCAUUCAGGAGUUGCCUUUGAAAGUAGCACUACUAAUCUCUUGGAUAUACAGAAAAAUUCUGGUGGAAGCCAACUGCUGUGUGCCAUAGCUGACAUCAUCCCAGAGUCCAGAGGGAGCCCACGGGCUGGUCAGCGCACACACGGCAGUACGUUCUGCAGCAGAGAAGUACUCGGGUUCCCUUCGCACGUGUGCUUGCCAUUUAAUGCUGAAAAAAGAGCAAGUUGUACAGAAAUUAGUCUUGGUCCUCUAAAACACAGAGGACUAAAGUGUUACAAGUGCUUCUUCACCAAGAAACCACUAGAAGUUCUAUAUUAUUACAUUAACAGUUCUGUCCAGGCCUUCUGGAUGAGAGGAAGGAGGUGUUGAUGUACUGAGGCAAUGUUAGUGAUAAAUCCCCAGAAUAAUUAGUGUGGUGUAUGUACUCCAGACAGCACUGCAUCCCUUGCAAGUAGGUGCUUUCUUCAAAACUUUGCCUAGGUUUUGAUGUGUUUUUAUCUUGGAUACAUGUUGAUGUACCAGUGUAUGUGAGAAGAAUGAUCGGCACUGGUACUUCACGUAGAAAACUCUUUAACUUCAGAUCAACUGAAGUACUUAAAACAAUCACUGAUAAUAAAGUUUAUACUGACUUU